AUGAAGACCUUCACACUCAUCGUAGCGACGAUUGUGUCUUUGCUGGGUUUCGUCGGCACCGCCCCAACUUGUCCGGGACACGUUCAGUCCGGCCAGAUAUCCUGUACGUGUAACAGUGAUGGCGGCGUCACCUGUACCUCAUUCCAGCUCUGCGGCGUCGGAAACAGCAAUGCAGAUGUCUCUCUCUCGAGCGGAUUCACCGCCACUGUGGAGUGUCAGAACAACGGCGGUCAGAUUGUCGAUGUCAAGACACGGACGGUCACCGACUCUGAUUCCGCUACUGCUGCCCCCAACAAAAACGGUUGUCUGACAGUCCCGCAGCUAUCCACACAGCGGCCGACAACCCAAUCUUUCCUGGAUGCUGCCAAAUGUCCGAACAGAAACUGGACGAAGCAGGUCCUUGGGGGCACACUCCCGCACCAAAUCCCCUUCAGCCCUGCUCACCUAUCUUCCCACGAUUACAUUAUUCCAAUCGUGACCGAUGUCCCUGCCUUAACCGUCCCUUACCAUCCCGAAGGAAAAGGCAUUCGAGUAAUUCAGAAGUAUGUGAGCACCGUUUCCGAGAAGCACGGCUGCCGCCAGCGUUCUACGCAGGAAGAAGACAUAUGCAACUAUGACUUUGUCGGUGCAGUUGGCCUCAAAAGGAGCAGUGCCCGAAAAGCGACGAUAGUAUACUACGUGUACUGGAUAGGCUUUGGCCCUAAUGACAUAAGUUGGGAGCCGGAGCGUAAUCUCUUCAGAGGUGACUUGGAGCCUAAUUUAUCUGACUUCGGAGACUUCGAGGUGGAGGAUACGAAGGUUGUAAAUCAUAUCAAACCACAAAUCUCGGUCAACGAUACGGACGGCAGCCAGGGGAAGGACCCUAUACAGAUAAGCAUAACAGAUUCUGGUGCUUCCAGCGCUCCUAAGGAACUGGAAUCUUGCGCAAAUACAGAGCAAGGUUAUCCAGAGAGAGAUAUUGGCAGUUUGUAUGAACGACGCUCUUCUUUCUGCAACCGGAUUUCUUCACAGACUACCAAUGAGCAAUCGUCUUCAACGAUAAUCUCCUUACAACCUAAUGAAAUGGAGAUUGACUUCUUCCAGAAGAUACACCAAAGAGACACCCAAAACACUCCAGACCUGUGCGAGACAGGCGGCACGACUUUAUCAACUUUAUUAGAGCCGCUAUCGCAGACCACAAGAGAUCCCGAGAGGGAUCCUGAAAUGAACGUGGUCGAUUCUUGUUUCAUCUAG